AUGGGGUUUUUAGGAUUUAUCAAAGGUUUUAAGAGCUUGUACAGAGCUAGAUCAAGAAUCAGAGUAGACCCAUCAUGUCAAUACGGUUACUGUCACAUUCAAUGCAGAACCUUAUCAAACCUGAAAGCUGACGACGAUUCGAUACUUCCGGUUUUGAUCGUUGGUGCAGGACCCGUCGGUCUCGUUCUCUCAAUUCUUCUUACCAAACUAGGGGUAAAAUGCUCUGUUUUGGAGAAGAGCAAGUCCUUUUCACUCCAUCCCCAGGCGCACUUCAUCAACAACCGGUCUAUGGAGGUGUUCCGCAAGUUGAAUGGCCUUGCAGAGGAGAUCCAAAUGUCACAACCACCUGUAGAUUUAUGGAGGAAGUUCAUUUAUUGUACGUCUCUCACCGGUCCAAUUCUUGGGUCGGUGGAUCACAUGCAACCUCAAGAUUUUGAAAAAGUUGUCAGCCCAGUGUCUGUCGCGCACUUCUCUCAGUAUAAGUUAAUUAGAUUACUGUUAAAGAAGCUAGAAGACCUCAACUUCCAAGUUUGUAAACCUGAAGGCCUUAACAAUGAGCCCUUCAGCGGUCGGGAAUUAUUAAUGGGCCUUGAGUGUGUAAAGAUCAAUGCCACUGGUCAAUCUGUAACUGUAACUGCUUCUCAUCUCAAGGAAGGGAAGUACACAGAGAGAAAUAUUAGCUGCAAUAUCCUUGUUGGAACAGAUGGUGCAGGAAGUACUGUACGGAAGCUUGCAGGAAUAGAACUGAGAGGUGAAAAAGACCUGCAAAAGCUUGUCAGUGUUCAUUUUUUAAGCAGAGACCUUGGACAAUACUUAAUCAAUGAGAGACCUGGAAUGUUGUUCUUUAUCUUCAAUACUGAAGCUAUUGGUGUCCUUGUUGCUCAUGAUCUCAAGCAAGGGGAAUUCGUAUUGCAGAUUCCAUUCUAUCCACCACAGCAGAGCCUUGACGAUUUCAACCCUGAGACAUGCAAAAACCUCAUCUUCAAGUUGGUUGGCCAAGAGCUUUCAGACGUUGAUGUGAUUGAUAUAAAGCCAUGGGUGAUGCAUGCUGAAGUAGCAGAAAAGUUUUUGAGCUGUGACAAUCGAAUAAUUCUUGCUGGGGAUGCUGCUCAUCGAUUCCCCCUGCUGGUGGUUUUGGUGAGAAUGAAUACUGGCAUUCAGGAUGCUCAUAAUCUUGCCUGGAAAAUAGCUGCUCUUAUAAAGGGUAUUGCACCAUCUUCGAUACUUCAUACUUAUGAAACGGAGCGUAGGCCGAUUGCAAUUUUUAAUACAGCACUUAGCAUCCAAAACUUCAGAGCAGCCAUGGCAGUUCCUGCUGCACUUGGUCUUGAUCCAGUUGUUGCAAAUUCUGUGCAUCGAACUAUUAGUGAUGGGGUUGGUUCUGUUUUGCCAUCUGGAUUACAGCGGGCAAUUUUAGAUGGAAUUUUCACAGUAGGUCGUGCACAGCUUUCGGAAUCUCUUCUAAAUGAGAAAAACCCACUUGGGUCAUCAAGGCUUGCUAAACUAAGGCGUUUAUUCGAAGAGGGAAAGAGCCUUCAGCUGCAGUUUCCUGCUGAGGAUCUUGGUUUCAGGUACCUUGAAGGAGCACUUAUUCCUGACAAUGAUAGUGUGGGUGCUCCAGAACCACCUACUGGUCGUCGGAGGGAUUAUAUCCCUUCUGCAAAUCCAGGGUCAAGGCUGCCUCAUAUGAACGUGCACGUGUUGUCCAAUUCUUCGAGUGAGGCGUGUAUUUCUACUCUUGAUCUUUUGCCUGAGGACAAAGUUGAGUUUCUACUGAUUGUAGCACCACUUGAAAAGUCCUACCAUCUUGCUCUUGCUGCAUUCAAGGUGGCUGAGGAAUUCAAAGUUUCUGCUAAGGUUUGUAUACUGUGGCCUGUUGAUACUGUUAAAGGAGCCGAAGCUAGGAGUCAGACGGCAUUGGCACCUUGGGAGAACUACAUAGAUGUUGCAGAAGCUAAGAAAUCAUCAAAUUCAUUUUCAUGGUGGAGCAUGUGUCAGAUGACCGACAAAGGAGCAAUUUUAGUUAGGCCUGAUGAACACAUUGCUUGGCUCGUGAAGUCCGAUCUUGAAGAGGAUCCAGUUUCAGAGAUGAGAAGGGUUUUUUCUGCAAUAUUGAAGGUAUAUAAGCAACCUGCUUAG